AUGUCCUUUUGCGCAGAUAAAAAUAUUUGCUUGAAGUGCCCUGAAAAUAAAUAUUUAAGUCUUCUUACGUUUCAAUGUCUAGAAUCAUGUGAUAAAAACACUGAAGAUCAAAUCUCUAUUUCAUAUCAUGAAACUCUAAAAUCUUCAUUCAAAUAUUGCAGAUAACGAAAGAUUUUCGUUGACCCUACUUCUAUUUCUUAUUUAGAAUUAGGUACUUAAUAGUAUCCUUAUAAAACCAUCAGACUGCCUUUAAUUGAAUUGUUCAAUUAUUUACCUGGUCAAACUCAAAGCUAUUAGAUUAUGCAAAAAGGUAACACAACUGACUAUAUUCAAACUCUUUUCAAUCAAUAACUCGUUCUAAAUGCCAUUAAUCUUACAAUAAUGACAUAUUAGGAUCUGAAUGAAACCAUCACUCAAAUUUUUUAAUAAUAAUAAUAAUAACUGACUGAGGCAACUCUUUUCAUUUAAUCAAAUGCAGUCUUUAAAAAAUCAACUUCCACUAGAUUUUCUAUUAUUGAAGAGGAUUAUAACAUAGCAAUGAAAAUCUCCACAUAAGAGUUAAGCUAUUCUGUGUCAGGAAACAUCUUAUUCAGAAAUUUCACUUCUAAAGGUUAGAGAUAUUUAAACGUUGCCUUACCACAUAUCUAACUAUAAACAUUGAAAAACGUGACUCUUGAAUAUAGUACUUUCAGAUCAUUUUCAACAUAGAUAGAUGCAAACAAACAAUAAGUUGCUAUAGAUUCUUCUUCACUAUGCCCGAUAAAUAAAGACAACUUGACAAGAACUAUAUAGUUUGCAAAUAAUUACAUUUCAUCUGAUGCAAGGAUUAGAGAUCCUUCAUUAUAAUACGCUAUAGUAUGCACUUAAAGAUCAGACUUAGGAAAGAGAAACAUUGCAUGCAUAUGCGAAAAUCUUACAGUUGAGCACUUAAGUUCUUAAAUUACUAUCUUAUCUCUAAGCACAGGAAAUACCGUAAAUUAAACUGCUCGAAAUAUCACCUAAAAUAAUGUAACGCUUGGGCCCUUAAAUGCUUUUCAUAUAAUUUUUGUUGGAUCUCAAACUUUAAAUGUUGAUUCCAUUAAAAUCAUUAAUUCUUGGACUUAAUCAAGAAUUGUAAUAUGUUCCUUGAAUUUUCAAAAUACAAUAAUGAAUAACAUAGUUAUGAUAAACAAUACAAUGGACCCAAACAAUAAUGUUUAGUGCGUGAUUAAAAGCUCAGCCAAUCCCCCAACAGCAACCUAGGCAUUUAAUAAUUUCUUUUUUAUGAACAAUACUCUCUAUUCAAAUCAAGAACUUAACUCAAUGACAAGUUACUUUCGAAAUUUAAAAAGUCAGAGUUUCUAGAUGAUCAACACAACAUUUAGAAAUUUUUAGUACCUAGAUGAUUUUAAAACUGGCUCUUAAAUUAUCAGAGUAGAUGAGAUAAGCUUAAUGAAUAAUAAUCAUGAGAACAGCUUGCUAUAGAACUUAACAAUAGAGAAUAGCUAGAUUGAUUUUUUCAGUUUUAGAGGCUUCAAGGACAACAAUAGUUUUUUGGCUGGUGGCUAAUUAAUCGAAUGCAAUCAGAACUCACUAACACCAACUAUUAUUAGAAAUACUAGCUUUAUUCAUAAUUUUUAAGCUACCAUUUAAUUACAAGCUGUUGAAACAUCAAGAUUAGAUUUGCCGUGUGUUUUAAUAAUUGACAAAAGCAGUUUUUCUAUAAAUUUCCCAAUAAUUGAUGCUUUGAUCAAUGUUAAAAUAAAUUCUAAAGCUGUUAUCACAAAUUCAUAUUUUGAAAAAACAUUUUCUGUGUCAAGAGGAAGUAUUGUAUUAGGUGAUUAUUAAUAAGCUGAGGUCUAGGUAAUAAACUGUACAUUUGUAAAAAACUUUGCUGUUGAUGGAGGUAUAUUUUUCGUUCACUAUGAUAGCUAAAUUAAUAUUGAUUAAUCUGUCUUUGAGCAAAACUACGCUUACUCUGGUAGUAUUGGUGUAAUUGAGAAUUAAGGAAAAGCUUCAAUAACUAAUACAUUAAUUAAAAGCAAUCAUGGAAUUAAAAAUUCGAUUAUAUCCGUUAAAUAUAAGUUGGAUGAAGUUUAAAUCACAAUCAGCAAGUCAAAUCUCAUAAUAUCUAACUCUAUUAUAGAAAACACUAACACUUUUACAAAUUUCAAAUAUUCUGAACCAUAGGCCAACCACAAAUAGUAUCUUAUUGAAUCCAACCUUAAAUCAAGUGUUCUAAUUGAUAAAUCUUUUAUAGCUUAAACGUCUAUUAUGUUUAUCAACUGUCUCAGAGUUUGUGGCAAAUCUUUAAGAUUUUAAUUUGAUAACCGAUCUAUUAAAAGGAAAUUACAGAGACAACAGAAUAUUAUAUAUACAAUCUAGUCACAUAACUGCAGCUUUUAAGUUGAUAAUAACAGAUUUUUAUCUAAUGUUGCUAGUGAAAAAGGUGGUGCCAUUACAUACAACAAAAAUAGACCUGUUGUCAUUUAAGAAAAUUAUUAUGAUGAGCUUAAUUAAGCUUAAUAUGGGAGUAAAAUUGCUGGAUAUCCAUAUGAUGUAAAAGUCCUAUCUUAUGAAAAAUAUCCUUUGGCUAGUGGACAGUUGUAUAUUGGAACUAUUCUUGUUGCAAUUAUUGAUGCUGAUUCUAAUAUUAUAAAGACUGAUAGUACAUCGAUCACGAAUGCUGAUGAACUUUCUAAAGUUAACGGGCAAUCUCAAGUAUAAGCCAUAAAUGGAAUCGCUACUUUUAAGGAUUUGUAAUUUUAAGCGACUCCAGGCCAAAAAAAUGUUCAAUUUCUUAUACAAUCAACCAAUACCAACACAGAUUAUAUUCAAAAAGCUUUUGAUGAUGUGUAGCAUGCAGCCCUGGGUAUUAUUCUAUUGUCUAAUCUAUCAAUUAAUGCCUUGAAUGUCCCAAAAAUACUGAAUGUCAUGGAGGAAAAUCUUUGGAAAUAAAAUAAGGCUACUGGAGAUCAUCAAACUCAUCAGAUAAUAUAAUUGAAUGUAUCAAUAAAUAAGCAUGUAUUGGAGGAGAAUACAAAAUUGAUCUAGAUCCUAAAAUAUAAUUCUGUGCCAAUGGAUAUGGUGGAAAUCUUUGCAAUUCUUAUUCUUACAUCUACUGCAGCAUUUAACUUAUAAUGGCCAUACUAACUUAGUCAAUUCUUUGGAGUAUUUUCAUCUGUUGGUGAAUUAACUGAAAGCUACAUUUCAUUCGAUUGCUUUUUAAAAGAGGCAGGAUUUACGGGAAAGGAUGAAUCAUCUUACUAUUAUAAAGUAUUCGCUAUAAUCAUACUACCUAUAUUGAUGAUUAUCGCUUUGACAUUUUUUAAGCAAGUAGUGGUGUCUUCAAUAGUUGUUUUAUAUUCAUUGCACCCAACUCUUACCAGAAUGAGUAGCAGCUUGUAUUUCUGCAUGGAAUUAGACAGAGGGGAAUAUUGGCUUUAAGCUGAUUUAGAAAUACGAUGUUGGACUGGACCACAUCUAUCAUGGUGUCUAGGAUUAGGCUUAAUCUCUCUUAUAGUAUGGAUAAUAGGAGCUCCUCUCUUCACUUUUAUCUAUUUAAGAAAGAAUAAAAAUAAGCUUUAAUAAGAAGAGUUUUUUGGUAAAUAUAGAAUGCUUUAUCAAGGACUUAAGUCUGAGUACUACUACUGGGAAUUUGCAAAUAUUUUGAGGAAAAUUUUCCUUGUAUGCAUAAAUGUCUUUUUAAAUUUGUAUUCAAACACAUUCAAGGCACUUUUAAGUCUGCUAGUUUUAACAGGAUUUAAAAGAAUUCAAAAAAGACUUAAGCCUUACAAAAAUCCAUUAUACAAUAAUCUAGAAGAGAGAGAAAUGUAGAUUCUAAUAGUAACAUUUUUUGGGGCAUUAUUUUUUAUAAGUGAUGUAAUAUCUGAAACUAUUCAACUUAUUGUGUUUAUAUUGAUAGUCUUAGCAAAUGUAUGGUUCAUUGCUCUAUGCUUGUAUUGUAUUUUUACCAAUGUUAAGCAUGACUUUUUUCAAAGGAUAACCAAAAUGAUGGCGCCAUUAGUACUAUCUAAAAUACUAAUGGACUAAGAAGAAACUUAUAGAUAAACCACAAAAGGAGAUUUGAGUAUUAUUGAUUAUGACUUUGACAAAAUAACCAGGUUUUAAGCUGACAGUGUGUCUUCAAAAGUAUUAGAAUUAGAUCUUUAGAAGGUCUGCAAAAAUUACAAAUCUUAGAAAAUUAGAAAAAGUAAGGCUAAUGAGAAUUCAUUGCUUUGUAAAAAUGAUAAUGAGAAAAAUGAUAUUAAUCUAAAAGUUAGAUCAGCAAUAAUUAAGAAGUCUAAUUCUCAUUUAAUUGACGAAAAUGAUUUCUUUAAGUCUGAUAAGUCUUCAAAAGAAAAAAGAAGAAGAAGAUAAGUUUAAAAAUAUGGUACUGAACUUAAGCCAGAAGAAGAAAAUAACAUUCAAAAACUAACAUCGAUUGGUAAAAGCUUAAUAUCUGACGGGUUAAUUCUUGGUAAUGAAUCAAUGCAAUCAGUAUCAAUGAAAAGCUAAAUACAUGCUGGUAAAAGUAUAAUGAGCUCAAUGAGUGGACAAGGAUAAAUGAUCUCAAAUAUGAAGAAAAUAAUUACCUCAGAAAAGGUAAAAAAGAAUAAGUAUGAUAGUUUAAACUCUCAUAAUGAUAAAUAAGAAAAAUAUUUAAGAGUAGAAUAAAAAUAGAAAAGCAAAAAAAUGCUCUUCUAAGCAUGA